AAACUACCCCAAAUUUACCCCAACAUGGGACAAAAGUUCCCAGUAUCUAGAAAGCCCCAGGUCACUGGAUUAUGUCAUAAUCAGUGAUGUCAUCAUUGGGGAAGUUCUCAAGUUGCCCUCUGAUUUAAGCCUUUCAGGCCUUGAAGCCAGUGGGAUGGAGGGGCUUUCUGAGAGCACGAGGGCUCUUAAUAGUGUGUGGGCUCCACAGACAGCAAUCACAGGGGAUGGGCCUGCCAAGAGAGUGCGUGAACAGGCAUCCCUGCAGACACAAAUCCUCCAGACUGCCUCCCUAAAGGACGGCCCGGCAAAGCGAGCAGUGUGGGUCCGCUCUAACCAUUUGGAGCCAGAAGAACCUACCAAAUCAACAGUGGUCAAGGAGAAGCCCAAGCUAGGGGUGACCAAAGCAGUGGUUGUGGACCUUGGCACUGGCUACUGUAAAUGUGGCUUUGCUGGGCUGCCAAAGCCCACCCACAAUGUCUCAUCGACAGUGGGCAAGCCCUACAUGGAGACUGCCAAAACCGGGGACAAUCGCAAGGAGACAUACGUGGGGCAGGAGCUCAUCAAUCCAGGGGUUCGUCUCAAGCUAAUUAAUCCUCUGCGACAUGGCAUUAUCGUGGACUGGGAUACAGUGCAGGAUAUCUGGGAAUAUCUCUUCCAUCAAGAGAUGAAGAUUGCCCCAGAGCAGCAUGCAGUCUUGGUUUCAGACCCACCCCUGAGCCCACACACCAACAGAGAGAAGUAUGCUGAAAUGCUGUUUGAAACCUUCAGCACUCCUGCAAUGCACAUCGCCUACCAGUCCCGCCUAUCCAUGUACUCCUAUGGAAGGACCUCCGGCCUGGUUGUGGAGGUUGGCCACGGUGUCUCCUACGUAGUCCCCAUCUACGAGGGUUAUCCUUUGCCCAGCAUCACUGGACGGCUAGACUAUGCGGGAUCUGACAUGACAGCCUACUUGAUGGGCCUGAUGAACAACUCGGGGAAAUACUUCACUGAGGACCAGAUGGGCAUUGUGGAGGACAUCAAGAAGAAAUGCUGCUUUGUGGCCCUGGACCCCAUUGAAGAGAAGAAAGUCCCAGCUACUGAGCAUAUGAUCCAGUACACGCUGCCAGACGGGCAGGAGAUACACCUGUGCCAGGAAAGGUUCCUCUGCUCAGAGAUGUUCUUCAAGCCUUCUCUGAUCAAGUCCAUGCAGCUGGGACUCCACACCCAGACAGUGUCCUGCCUUAACAAGUGUGAUAUCGCCCUCAAACGAGACCUCAUGGGGAACAUCCUGCUCUGUGGGGGAAGCACUAUGCUCAGAGGCUUCCCUAACCGUCUGCAGAAGGAGCUGAGCAGCAUGUGUCCAAAUGACACCCCCCAGGUAAACGUGUUGCCUGAAAGAGACACUGCAGUGUGGACGGGCGGGUCCAUCCUGGCAUCACUUCAGGGCUUCCAACCACUGUGGGUCCACCGCUCUGACUACGAGGAACACGGGCCUUUCUUCCUCCACAGAAGGUGCUUCUGAACUCUGAUGAGGCAUGGUCGCUGUGGUUGCCAUGCA